AUGGAGAAGAUCAACACAUUGCUGAUUUCCAAUCGCGGGGAGAUCGCGGUCCGCAUCAUCAGAACAGCAAAGGCACUUGGCAUCAAAGCGAUUGCCAUCUACUCGGAAGCAGACGCAGCCUCUAGACAUGUCUCGUUCGCAGACAAAGCAGUACUUCUACCUGGAAGCAAUUCAUCCGCCUAUACCGACGAAGAGGCCAUCAUCAAGAUCGCCAAAGAAGAGAAGGUAGAUGCCAUCGUCCCGGGAUAUGGGUUCCUGUCAGAGAACGGGCACUUUGCCAAUGCCGUCAAAGAAGCUGGUAUCGCAUGGGUAGGACCGUCCUCUGAAGCCAUUGAGGCUUUUGGGAUCAAACAUGUCGCACGUGAUCUGGCUGAGAAGGCCGGUGUGCCUAUUGUUCCCGGCUCGAAGGGUCUCGUAGAAGAUGAAGAACAGGCUGUCAAGACUGCAGAAGAGCUAGGAUACCCUGUGAUGCUCAAGGCAACUGGCGGCGGUGGCGGCAUGGGUUUAGUCACCUGCUCCUCUGCCAGUGAGGUACAAGAAGGCUUCAAAAUGGUUCAGUCAAGAGGCAAGACAUUGUUCAAGAACCCUGGAGUCUUCAUUGAACGCUUUUAUCCUGCCAGCCGGCACAUUGAGGUACAGGUCUUUGGCAAUGCCCAAGGCCAAGCCGUUCACUUCGGGGAGCGCGAGUGCUCUAUCCAGCGGCGGCAUCAGAAAGUUAUUGAGGAAUGCCCCAGCCCCUUCGUUAGCAGUCAUGACGGUCUGCGUGAGAAGCUCUGCGAUAAUGCCGUUCGCCUCGCAGAGUCCAUCAAGUAUGGCUCGGCAGGGACUGUAGAGUACCUCGUUGACGACAAGACUGGGGACUUCUUCUUCCUUGAGAUGAACACCAGGCUUCAGGUCGAGCACGGCAUCACCGAACUCUGCUACGACGUCGAUUUGGUGAGACUCAUGCUUGAGCAGGCAGAUGCUGAGUUGGGCGGGAAAGGUGGCCUCGACGCGGAUCAUCUAAAGAGCUUACAGCCAAAGGCGCCGAAAGGGGCUGCCAUCGAAGCUCGAGUGUACGCUGAGAAUCCGCUGCGGGACUAUGCACCUUCUCCAGGCUUGCUGCAAAAAGUGAAGUGGGCAGAGGUAAAGGGCAGCCGCAUCGACACAUGGGUCUUUACAGGAUCCACAAUUACGCCGAACUACGAUCCCUUGAUCGGCAAGGUUAUGGUCCACGCUGCAUCACGAGAAGAAGCGGUGGAAAGCAUGCUCGAAUUGUUGCGAGGCUCACAGAUCUGCGGCCCUCCGACAAAUCUGGACUUCUUGGCCUCCAUCUUGGCCGACGAAGGCUUCAAAGCAGGACGAACGAUGACAAGCUUUUUGGAGUCUUUCGACUAUGCACCUUCUGCCAUUGAUGUCAUAUCGGCUGGGGCUUACACUCUCGUUCAAGACUUGCCUGGGCGGCCGGCUGUCGGCAAAGGCAUACCGCAUAGUGGUGCCAUGGACCCAGUAGCUCUGCAGGUAGGAAACAUGCUGGUUGGGAAUCCACGCGGCAAGGAAGGUCUCGAAAUCACCCUGAGUGGCCCCGAACUCCGCUUCGUGGGCCCGGCAGUCAUUGCUCUGUGCGGAGCUCCUAUUGAAGCGAAACUGGAUGGUGACGACUUUCCCAUGUGGACGCGUAAACACAUCAAGACCGGCCAAAAGCUUAAGAUUGGCAAAAUGACUGCAGGUGGAUGUCGUUCCUACUUGACGGUUCAUGGAGGGUUUCCAGAGGUUGCAGAGUACUUUGGCUCAAAGAGCACAUCGCCGCUUGUUGGCAUUGGCGGCUACCAAGGCCGUCAGCUUGCACCUGGAGAUCUUCUUGCUAUUGUCAAGGACUUGCCGAAGGAUGUCGCGUCACACAAAUCGCAUCCGAAGCUGCCGGAGCACCUCAGGCCUAAGUACUCGAAGAAUUGGGAGAUCAUGGCAAUGGUUGGCCCGCACGACGAGGGCUAUUUCCUGCCUGAAGACAUCGAGAUGAUCUACAAUACCGAGUGGAAAGUCUCGCACAAUGCCAGCCGCAGCGGCAUCCGUCUCGUCGGACCAGUGCCAAAGUGGGCACGCAAAGAUGGUGGCGAGGGAGGCUCACACCCAAGUAACCUCAUCGAGUACGGGUAUCCCAUUGGGGCGCUCAACUGGACCGGUGAUGAUCCUUGCAUCUUUCCUGUGGAUUGCCCCAACUUCGGGGGGUUCGUGUCCUCAACCACCAUCGUCAAGGCGGACUGGUGGAAGAUGGGACAGAUCAAAGCUGGCGACCUCAUGCGCUAUCGGCGAGUGUCGCUUGAGGAAGCACUUGAGGCGAGAAGAAAAGUGGAAAAGUACCUCGACAACGUCGAAGAACUUAUUGAAUCGAGCGGUAAAGACAAGUUUGACCCUCUCGAUGCCGAGAGCACCCAAGUCGGUAGUCGGAACAGCGACUACGGCAAAGCAAUACUCUGGCAACGCGACGCGCAAGGACACCAGCCGAUGGUGAGAUACCGCCAAGCAGGGGAUGAUUUCCUCAUUGUCGAAUACGGCGACGAGCAGUUUGAUAUUAAUCACCGCUGCCGCGUCACAGCCCUUGAAAAGCAGCUUUGGGAUGCUUCCGCUCCCGACUGGCUCAAGAGUGGUCUCAUCACUACUGUCGGCUGCUGCACUUCCAUAACCAUCUUCUACAACGGCCUUACUCUUCCUCGGGACCGCUUGAUCUCCCACCUACAACAGCUCGAGGACCAGCUUGGUGAUCUCACCACUCAGAAAGUUCCCUGCCGCCGCUUCCGGCUCCCCAUCUCUUUCGAGAGCAAAGCCCAAGACGAGGCCACGAAACGGUACAUGGAGACCCAGCGUCCCCACGCGCCAUAUCUGCCCGACAAUCUCGCUUUCGUAGCGAAGAACAACGCCUUCACGCCCGAGCAGCUCAAGGAGAUCUACCUCACCGGCACGCUCAUGGCAGUCGUUAUCGGCUUUUUCUGCGGCAAUACCGUCUCCCUCCCCGUCGACCCGCGCCAGCGCAUGAGCUGCCCCAAGCUGAACCCCUCGCGCGUCUUUACGCCUGAAGGGACGGUAGGCUGGGGCGGCUCAUGCAUGUCCAUCUACCCUGUUGAUAGUCCCGGCGGGUAUCAGAUGACGGGGCGUACGGUCCCAUGUUUCGACAUGCUGAUGUACAAGGCCGGGUUCGAGGAGAAGCCAUGGCUGUUCCAGGAUUUUGACCUGCUCACCUUCUACCAGGUUUCGGAGGCGGAGAUGGAUUCUUUCCUCGCGGAGUUUAGGAGCGGGCGGUAUAGGUUUGAGUGGGAGGACAUCGAGUUCGAUAUGGCGGAGCACAACAAGCUGCUGGAAGAGACGGCUGACGAGGUUGAGGAGAUCAGAAAGAAGCAGGCGGUGGCUCAAGAGGAGAUGGUCAAGGCGGAGGCGGAAAGUCUGGAGAAGUGGAGGAAGGAGAAGGCGGAGAACCAGGUUGAUGAGGGGACGGUGGAGAAGCUGCUGAGUGACCCCAACAUUUAUCCCGUGGAGGCGCCGGUGGAUGCCAACGUGUGGAAGGUGGAGGUUGAGGAGGGGGCUGAGGUGAAGCCGAAUCAAGUGAUCGCCAUUCUUGAAGCGAUGAAGCUUGAAAUUGCCGUUCGACUUCCGGAAGAUGUCGGUGCCGAGUCAGACAGGACAGCGAAGGUAGAGAAGCUCCUCGUCCGACCGGGAGAUACGAUCAAAGCCGGCGGCAGGAUUGCGCUUGUUCGCGGUCAGUAA